AAUUGUCAUUAGUUAUUCAAUAUUGAACACCUAGUUUCAAAAUGGAGAAUUGGCAAUUAAGAUCUCUUAUGUUAAUAAUAUCUAGUUUGAUAUUUAACGAAGCGAUUAAAUCUAAGGAAGAUGCAGCUGCCAAUGAAGACUUGGAUUUUUUAGUAUAUGCUUAUGAAAAUAAAUUAGAAUGGGAUGAAGAUACGAUUAUUAAAGCUGCUUCUAAUGGUAAUUUAGAAUGUUUAAAAUAUGCUUAUGAAAAAAAAUUUCCAUGGGAUGAAAGGACGACAGAAGCAGCUGCUUCUAAUGGUAAAUUAGAAUGUUUAGAAUAUGCUCAUAAAAAUGGAUGUCCAUGGAAUGAAAGCACGACGGAAUCAGCUGCAAAGUAUGGUCACUUAGAAUGCUUAAUAUAUGCUCAUAAAAAUGAAUGUCCAUGGAAUGAGAAGACGACAGAAGCAGCUGCUUCUAAUGGUAACAUAGAAUGUUUAGAAUAUGCUCAUAAAAAUGGAUGUCCAUGGAAUGAAAGCACGACGGAAGAGGCUGCAAAAUAUGGCCACUUAGAAUGCUUAAUAUAUGCUCAUGAAAAUGACUGUAAAUGGAAUAGAAACAAAAUUAUAUCAAUUGCUAUUAAAAAUGAUAAAUUACAAAUAUUAAAAUAUUCUUGCGAAAAUUUAAGUGAAUUGAAUGACAUUCUAACUGCUUUUGCUGCUUUUGAAGGUAGUAUAAACAUUUUGAAAUACGCACAUAAAAAUGGAUGUCCGUGGAAUAAUGAUACAACAGAAGCAGCUGCUUCCAAUGGUAAAUUAGAAUGUUUAGAAUAUGCUCAUAAAAAUGGAUGUCCAUGGAGUGAAAAGACGACAGAAGUAGCUGCUUCUAAUGGUAAAUUAGAUUGCUUAGAGUAUGCUCAUAAAAAUGGAUGUCCAUGGAGUGAAUACACAACAAUAGAAGCUGCUUCUAAUGGUAAAUUAGAAUGUUUAAAAUAUGCUCAUGAAAAUGGCUGUGAAUGGAAUCCAGAGAAUAUUGCAAGUAAUGCUAUUGAUUAUGAUUAUGUAGAUAUUUUAAAAUAUGUUGAUAAAUAUGUAGUGGAAUGGAAAAAAGUAUUCAUUACUGUGGCUGACUAUAAAGGUAGUAUAAACGUUUUAAAAUAUGCCCAUGAAAAUGGAUGGCCGUGGGAUGAAAGAAUAACAGAAGAAGCUGCUUCUAAUGGUAAAUUAGAAUAUUUAAAAUAUGCUCAUGAAAAUAAAUGUCCGUGGAAUAAAAAAACAACAGAAGCAGCUGCUUCUAAUGGACAUUUUGAUUGCUUAAUUUAUGCCCAUGAAAAUGGGUGCGAUUGGGAUGAAAGCACAACAAUAGCAGCUGCUUCAAAUGGUCAUUUGGAAUGUUUAAAAUAUGCUCACGAAGUAAAAUGUCCAUGGGAUGAAAGAACAACAGAAGCAGCUGCUUCUAGUGGUCAAUUAGAAUGUUUAAAAUAUGCUCAUAAAAAUGGAUGUCCGUGGAAUGAAAGAACAACAAUAGCAGCUGCCUUGAGAAGUCAUUUGGAAUGUUUAAAAUAUGCUCAUGUAAAUAAAUGUCCGUGGAAUGAAUUGACGGCAAAAGCGGCUGCACAAAGUGGUAAACUAGAAUGUUUAAAAUAUGUCCAUGAAAAUGGUUGCAAAUGGGAUGAAGGCACAACUAGUGCUGCUGCAGCAAGUCGCAGUCUAGACUGUUUAAAGUACGCCCACGAAAAAGGAUGUGUUUGGGAUAAGAGUACAACCAAAGCAGCUGCAGAAAGUGGCUGUUUUGAAUGUCUAGAGUACGCCCACAAAAAUAAAUGUGUUUGGGAUGAAACCACAACUAGUGCUGCUGCAUCGAGUGGCUGUUUUGACUGUUUAAUAUAUGCCUAUGAAAAUGGAAGUGUUUGGGAUGAUAGUACAACUAGAGCUGCUGCAGCAAGUGGCUGUUUAGAGUGUUUGAUAUAUGCUAACAUGAAGGGAUGUAAUUGGGAUAAACAUACAAUAGUUGCUGCAGCUGAGAAUGGUAAAUUAAAUUGUCUUAAAUAUGCCCGUGAAUAUGGAUGUGAUUGGGUUGAAGGUACCACGAAAGCGGCUGCAGCAAAUGGACAUUUAGAUUGCUUAAUGUAUGCUCAUGAAAAUGGGUGUGAGUGGGACGAAGGCACAACAAGAGAAGCUGCUUCUAAUGGUAAAUUAAAAUGUUUAAAAUAUGCUCAUGAAAAUAAAUGUAAAUGGGAUAAAGAAACAACAAGUGGAGCUGCUGCAAAUGGCCAUUUAGAUUGCCUAAAAUAUGUUCAUGAAAAUGGGUGUGAGUGGGACGAUAGCACAACAAGACUGGCUGCUGAAAAAGGUCGAUAUCAGUGCUUAAAAUAUGCCCAUGAAAAUAAUUGUCCUUGGAGUAAAGGAACCCUUUAUGAAGCUAUUCAUGCUAAUUAUCCUUAUAUAAUCGACUAUGCUUUGAGAAAUGGGUGCUCUAGUUAAUUUCCUGUGAAAUAACAUUAAUUGUAUUAUAUUCAACUACGUUGCCUAUAAUUAUAUUAUUUUAAAAUAAAUUACC